CCAUCUCUAGCUGUGCUCCAUCUCCAUCUCUAGCUGUGCUCCAUCUCCCUCUCUAGCUGUGCUCCAUCUCCAUCUCUAGCUGUGCUCCAUCUCUAGCUGUGCUCCAUCUCCCUCUCUAGCUGUGCUCCAUCUCUAGCUGUGCUCCAUCUCCCUCUCUAGCUGUGCUCCAUCUCUAGCUGUGCUCCAUCUCCAUCUCUAGCUGUGCUUCAUCUCCAUCUCUAGCUGUGCUCCAUCUCCCUCUCUAGCUGUGCUCCAUCUCCAUCUCUAGCUGUGCUUCAUCUCCAUCUCUAGCUGUGCUUCAUCUCCAUCUCUAGCUGUGCUCCAUCUCCAUCUCUAGCUGUGUUCCCUCUCGUGCUCCCUCUCUAGCUGUCCUCCAUCCUCCUUCGCUAUGGCUUUCCCUGACAUGUGAAUUGGAAGGCUAUAGCCUACACUUGACUGAUAUCACAUGAUUACAGAUAUUUAUAUGAAACUACCAUAAAAGGAGCGGAGUGUUAACGCGAUGUGGUGAUUCUCUCUAAUGACGUAGAAACCAAUCUGCCCAGCCAUACUCUAUAAAUACCCGCGCCGAAGCUCCUCUCCGCACACUGCAACGCGCCACUGCAACGCAUCACAUGGUGAAGCAACAGGUGUAACAGACCUGUAACAACAGACACCCCGGAUGAUCCCCGUGCCUGGAAGGAACAUGGAGGUGAACACAGCAGAGAAAGUAGUCUACCUUUCCGUUGAUGGCACCGCCGACACGUUCAGCUCUUGCGCAACUGCCGGGCAUCCACAGAUCCAGCUCAACAUGGACGAUCAUGUUGAACAAACGAUUUCCAACCAGCUUCCCAAUGUUAAAGUCACAGGUGUCAACUGUCAAUCACCUACAAUCCUCAUGCGAUACAAAAAGGUCUCGAGCAUGACCAGGGCGAGUAAAGGGAUCUUUAAAACGGUCACUGAGCACUGGAGACACACGGACAAGAAGACGAGGGUGGUCCGGUCUUCCAGCACGGGGACCACUCAGCCUACAUCCUCGGAAAUGUUCCCCAAAAGAAGAUCAUUCGACCCGCUAGCGACGUUGACCCUCCCGGACCAGACUGCAUGCACCGCGCCACUGGAGGAGAUGCGCCUCACCAAGCCCCGUAACUGCCGGCGCGUUGUAGUACUCGGCGCGCCUAGAGUGGGCAAGACGAACAUUCUCAGGCGGUUCCUGCGCGGCGGGUUCGAGGAACAGUACGAGCCCACGGCAGAAGACUUCCACAGGAAGUUGUACCAGAUCCGAGGAGAAACCUAUCAGAUUGAUAUCCUGGACGCAGCGAAGGAGAGAGACUUCCCCGCCAGACGGAGGCUGUCCAUACUGACAGGUGACAUAUUUCUCCUGGUGUUCAGUGUGGAUGACAGAGACUCCUUCAAAGAGGUGCACGCACUGCGCAAAGAGAUCAUAGCAGCCAAGACCAAGCUGAUGAAGCUCAAAGAGAAUGCCCGGGUUCCCAUAGUGAUAUGCGGCAACAAAGUGGACUUAGAGGCGGAGAGGGUCAUCAGUCGCCCGGAGAUGUUCCGAGCUCUUGGGGAGGACACGGCGCUCUUCGAGACAUCAGCCAAAGACACUACCAGUCUAGAAGAGAUGUUCCGAGCCCUUGUCAAGCUAGGCGGUCUCCCUACCGAGACGCGUCCGUCGCAGCACCGCGAGAUCUCCAUACGUACCUACCAGGCGCUGAGCACCAGCAGAAGCCGUUGCGGCAGACGGAGCCGUGCGUUGGUUCCAGACGCGCCCUGCGGUGCGGUUUAUCCACUGGCCCGCCGCCCCAGCUUUAACAGCGACCUACAGCUGGUAAUGGGCCCCAGCCCCACUAAACGGAGCAAACCCAUAGAGAAGUGUCAAAUUCAAUGAAUUGAGGGACUUCUCAGUACAAUACACAUAUUGUAGUAUUACAAUAUAUAACCACAAUGUCAAGAGUUAUACUCUGCUUUAGGCUACUGGCUGGACCAGUCGAGCCAACUGUGUAAAUGUAGAUUUUAUUUGUGUACUGUGAAAUAAUUAAAAAAAUAUAUUAUCA